CUGCUUCUCUCUUUCAGUACCUGUAUCAGCUGUCACUACUGUACAGGUGAAGUUUAAUCAGGCUGCUGCUCUGCCCUGUGAACGGAAAUGUUCUCGUGAGGCCAAAUGGACUCUGUUCAGUAACCGAGAUGAUGCAGUGGCUCGGUGUGAUCAGACAUCCUGCUGGUCACUAAAGGAGGGAUUUAAAAUGUCCCAUGAUCAGUACCUGAAGGGAGAUCUCACCCUCACCAUCACUGCAGCUGAUUACAGUAUGAGGGGUUUAUACACGUGUGAGUGUGAUGGUGAAGACAUUAAUGACCUGCGUCUCAGCAUCGAGAUCGUACAGAGGAGCAGCAGUGGAGCAGGAAGACAUCAGAGCUCGAAUGGCGCCAUACAAAUCAGGGACCAGGCAGAGAACGAAAGCAUGUUGGAGCAGGAGGAGAACCUGAAGCUCAAACAUAAGAAUGGAAUAACAGAGGGAAGAGACUUAUAACUUCAUACAGCAUGUUUGGAUUAUUUUCUGUUUUGCAUCGUUGUUUCUGCUCUGACUUUCUUCAGAAGUGUUCAGGUUUGUGAACCUUGCAAGCUCAUGUUUUUCCCACAUGUCUGUUGUGAUUCCUCUCCCUGUGAGCUGCUCCAUGUCAGUCUGAGCUGCUCAGUAACUUUCCCACUAGCUGGGACUGAUCAGUGUUUACUGGGUGUGUCCUCAUACACACGUGUUCACUAGCUGGGACUGAUCAGUGUUUACUGGGUGUGUCCUCACACACACGUGUUCACUAGCUGGGACUGAUCAGUGUUUACUGGGUGUGUCCUCACACACACGUGUGAGUCUAGGAAUUGGUGGUACAGCCGGUGGUGUCAUGGAGGAGAUCCACAUCUGCUCCCUGCAGACUCUCCACUGGUGUCCCACAAGGCUCAGUACUUGAUCCUCUCCUGUUCUCCCUCUAUACUCAAUCUCUUGGUGUGGUCAUAUCCUCACAUGGGUUUUCAUACCACUGCUACUGCCACUCAACUCCUCCUCUCCUUCCCUCCCUCAGACAAACAAAUGCAGAAAAACACAAAUAAACUUGUAUGUUUUUAUUUUGGGAAAUAAUUUUUGCUGGGGCUUUUUACUAGGAACAUCAGAAAAUAUUUAAAACAUUUAUCCUUUUAUUUAAUGUUAUACUUUACUCUGUCUUUAUUCAAAUGUAGAUUAAGUCUGCAGCUGCUUCAUUAUUGCAUCUGUAAAAGAAGCAGAAUUUGUCCUCCAGGAUUCCAGUGGGUUUCUGUUCUUAGAGGUAUGAAUCUCUCUGGAUAAGAGUCUCUGCUAAACACUAGAAAUGUAAAUCAGUCAGAUACCUCCUGACCUCCACUGUGGUUUCAGCACUGGCACUUUGGACCUGCUGAGUUUUAUUAAAGCCAACACAAGAUUUCAGACUGUGAUGUUAUUUCACCUGUGCUGUGAGAUCAGAUCUGAUAUAAACCCAGACUGGCCAGAUUUCACUCAGUUCAAUUUUAUUUAUAUAGUGAUUUUUAACGAUGGACAUUGUGCUAAAGCAGCUUUACAGAAAUGCAGGUCUGGUUUUAGAUCCUUAAUGAACAAGCCAGAGGAGACAGUGGUGAAGGAAAACCCCCUGAGACAACAUGAGGAAGAAACCUUGAGAGGAACCAGACUCUAAAAGUAAGCCAUCCUCUGUUGGGAGACAGAUGAUCUGAUCAGUGAUCAGCACAUUCACUGGUAAAACCUCGGGUCCACGGGCAGGGCUAGUGCACAGGAAGAGUGUUGAAGUGGAAUUGUGCAUCUACACUGGGACAGAGUCACUCUGAAACAGCACAGCUUUAAAACAACAGCAGCUGGUUGCAGCUGUAGACCGUAAGCUCCAUCACAGCUUAGUGUGAACGUAAACGACUGCUACGUUUGAGUUCACCAACUACUAAAAAAUUAACAGUCCCAGCAAGUACAGUAGCAUACCUAAAAACUUACACCUGCCGCUAGUAAUGCAGCGUCUGCCCUAAACAAAACUACUCACUAACUCUGUUCAGUGUAAAAAGCGCAGGUUUACUGACUAUACAUACAGUGUUUUAUUUUGUAAGGAGUGUAAUGAUGUCUUUAUGGGGAGAUAUUUUUGUGCUCUCUGAUCACCAGUCAUGGCCAUCUCACUGAAACACACUAGAAUCAUAACGGAUCAGAGGAUAAACAACAAACAGACUAUUUUUAUAAUCAGGAACCGUAACGAGCUCUGAAGUGACAACGCAAAAUAUCACGGGUCAGAUUGGAGUUUAUUGGUAAGGAACAUCAAAAACCCUGCUUUCGCUUGGAGAUCACGAGUUUAAGUCCCCACAAUGCCACAGCCUUUCGUGGCCAAGAGUACAAGAGGGAUAACCUGGCUGUGCUCUCUGGGUGGGAGGGGCAUACUCUCCCCUGUCAAUCACAGUGACACUAGCCUAUUGUAGCGCUUUCCUCCGAGUUUGAUCCUGCUCCUGGGUGCCUGUGUGGAAUUUUACUAUAUUAAUCCUAAAUUUCCCCUUUGGGAUGAAUAACGAAUAUCUAUCUGUCUGUCUGUCUAUCUAUCUAUCUAUGUAUCUAUCUAAUUAUAUAUCUGUCCAUUCAUCCCUCUAGCUAUCCAGCUAUCUAUCGAACCUCAUGUUUGUCAGUGCUAGAAAAUUUCCAAAUUAGUUUCCGUCACUUAAGAAGACAACUCAGAAAUCUCCAUGGUUACCGCAUGACGCUUGAGAGAUGUUGCCUAAAUGGUUUUCAGCUCACAAGAAGAAUGAAUUUUCAAUGAAUUUUGAGAUAACUGAGGUAACUGAAAUCUGAGACGUGCUAACUGAGCUAAUCUGAGGUAACUGAGAAAAUCUGAGCUAAUCUGAGGUAAAAUCUGAGGUAACUGAGCUAACCAUCAGUCUUAAAGAGCUGAGUACAUAUAAUAUGAAAAAGUGUGGAUUUAAUGUGUAAUGUCACAGACAGGCCAGUAGGGGUCAGUGUUGUCUUUAAUUUACCUGCUGCUGAGGUCUUUAUUCUGGAGUUCAGUAGAUAAACACGACCACACUGAGGAGAGACAUGUAGCUACUGUAAAUGGCAAUAAAGCCAACUGUUAAAGUGUUAUUUAAAUAAAAGAUGCAUUAGUGACUACAGAGAGAUAUUUAAUUAAAUAAAUAACAAAUAAUAAGCCAUAAAGAAAGAGAAUAUUUAUAUGGAACAAGAAGUGAUGAAGAAGUGAUAUUAAUAUCUGAAAGGAAUAAACUGUAAGACUGGCAGCUGAAGUCACUGGAGUCUGAACCACAGAUCAUUACACAUCAGGAGUAACGGUACCGACGUGCGCCACGCAGGACUAUACGGGAGUAAUGGUACCGACGCACACCACGCAGGACUAUACGGGAGUAACGGUACCGACGCGCACCACACGGGACUAUAGAGGUGUAAGGGUACCGACACGGAACACGCGGGACUAUACGGGAGUAAGGGUACUGACGCGCACCACGGGGGACUAUACGGGAGUAACGGUACCGACGCGCACCACGCAGGACUAUACGGGAGUAAGGGUACCGACACACACCACGCGGGACUAUAUGGGAGUAACGGUACCGACACACACCACGCAGGACUAUACGGGAGUAAGGGUACCGACGCGCACCACGCAGGACUAUACAGGAGUAACGGUACGGACACGCACCACGCAGGACUAUAUGGGAGUAACGGUACCGACACACACCACGCGGGACUAUACGGGAGUAACGGUACCGACACACACCACGGGGGACUAUACGGGAGUAACGGUACCGACGCGCACCACGCGGGACUAUACGGGAGUAAGGGUACCGACGCGCACCACGCAGGACUAUACGGGAGUAACGGUACCGACGCGCACCACGCAGGACUGUACAGGAGUAAGGGUAUACACUAUACACUAUACAAUGACACGCUCUCUCACGUGCAUUCAGCCCAAACCACUGGCCUGCUUCAAGGGCGACUGCACUGUCUGGAUGUAGGAGACUGCUACAGGUGGAAGAUUGCUUCAGGUGUCAUCAUGCAGGUGCGCAUUUGCAAAGUUUUAUAAACCUGAUUUUAUUUUUGCGUGCAUGCAGUUUUCUGGGCUUUGUGCAUAUGCACACUUUCACCCUGGCAUCCACACAAAGUUUUAGAAAUGAGGCCCCAGAUCCUGUAAAUUUAUUAUUGACAUCAUUAAAGGAACCAAUAAUCUGCAAA